AUGCCAGAAACGAGUGCACAAACACUUAAAGGUGAUUCAAUAUAUGUAUCUCCGCAAGUGGGUGCUUCUUUGCCUCCUGUAAUUAUGAAUACCCAGUCACAUUCACUUUUGGUACUGUGCAUUACACUUAUUUCGUUAUGGAUGUUUUCAGAACUAGUGGACAAUGGAUAUAUAUUUUCUAUAUAUAUAAUAAGCACAAGGCAAAGAAUAAUUUUAGGAAUAUAUGGUUCGGUAAUAUUUUUCCUCGUAUUUGCUAUUCUACAGUUACCAGAUGGUAUAAUGAGAAGACCUCAUCCAAUUUUCUGGAGAUUUUUACUCGGUUUAUCAAUAUUGUACUUAUCAUUCUUAGUUUUUCUAUUGUUUCAAGAUGUUGAGAGUAUUUUGUCUGCUCUUAGGAAUAUUGAUUUCAGCUUGGAUAAGUCAACUGUAGAGGUUAAUUAUACUGAGGGGUCAUGCAGUUUAUUGGAUUGGUCUAAUGGUAUACUUUAUAAUGUAAGACAGCGUUUGGAUUUCUUUGCUUUUGCACACUUUUUUGGAUGGUUUGUAAAGACAUUAAUUCUUAGAGAUAACUUCUUACUAUGGUUUAAUUCUAUAUUCUUUGAAUGUCUCGAGUUAACAUUUAAACAUAUAUUACCAAACUUUCACGAAUGUUGGUGGGACCACUUGAUACUUGACAUAUUUGGUUGUAACUUUCUCGGCAUAAUUGCUGGGAAUAUCUUUAUUAGGAAGAUUAAAUUGUAUCAAUAUAACUGGCAUAGUAGUUAUAGCUUGGGAUCUUUUAAUAAAUUAGAUGAUACAAGUAUGAAAUCAGAUAUAUCAAUUGUUGGAGCAACUUCUAAAACGACAAAGAACCUUUCUGAUUUUACUGAUAAUACCAACUUUCUUUUCUCAAAUUUAAGAAGUAAGUAUAGGGAGGUGGGAAGUAGCAGUGAAAAUUCAAUAUUUAACAAUAAAAAACCUAAAAAAGAUAUAUUAUACAUGGUUAUUGACCUAUGGAGCAAGUUUGGUAUAUAUACAUGGACAGAAUAUAAAUGGCCUAAGACUCUUUCUAAUAUGAAGGGAUUUAUGACAUUUUUAUUGUUGACGAUCAUUGUGCAAUUAAUUGAUUUGAACUAUUUUUUUAUUAAAGCUGAAUUACUACUACCUGUAAGUCACUGGAUUUUGGCAUUACGAACUAUAUGUGUUGCUAUAUGUGGUGCAGCGGCAACAAGGGAGCUGUAUGAAUUUGUAACUAAUACGAGCAAUAAUUCCGACAAAGUUGGGAUUCAAUGUUGGGUACUCAUUGCAAUUGUGUUUACAGAGUCACUUUUAUGUUGGAGGUUUAGACAUACACUAAAGGCUCAGAACUUAUUACCACCCAAUUAUAUAAUGAUAUCUUGGGUUGGGAUAUUUAUAGUCAUCAUUACCACCUUUAUUUACUUCAUUGUACAUGGGAUAACGGGUUACAUUCUAAAUAAUAGCUAUAAGACAAGAAAUAUGCGCAACAAAAUUUUUUGA